AUGUCCACCCCUCAGUUCUGGUCCACCCCUCUCCGCUACCUGCGCUGGGCCUCUAUCGAGAAGCCCGCCAUCUUCUACUCCCUGAUUAUCGGCUCCACGGGCCCCGUCAUGCUGUUCGCCGCGCCGCCAAUCCGCCGCGCCUUUGGCGACAUCGAGCCCGAGCCUAUCCCCUUGACAUAUCCCAUCCCCGAGGGCCCCCGGAAUCCCCCGAAAGGGUUCGAAGACGCAUAA